CUUCAAACAUUCCACGCACCUUCGUCACCGAUCCGUCGAAUAAGGCAAAUACUUGGGCUCUGUGGCCUGUUACAUAAUUUUUCUUCGCGUCUUUUUGGCAGAUUUUCUCCCUUCUUUUUCUUCGGGCGCAAUCGCUUAUUUUACCGCUCUUUUUUGCAUUCUCCGCUCACCAACAAGCCAACGUAGCCCCGCUGUCCCCGCAAGGUCCUGUCGGGUGAGGAUCUCCACGAUACCAAGAUAAGACCACUCCACCGAGGCCAGACCCUUGAAUUCAUGUUCAUCAGUAGCGAUUAUGCUUCUUUUCCCUGAUGGCGACGCCAACGGCCAGGACGUUAAACGCGACCGCCUGGCCGCCUUACCUGAGGAGCUUCUCUUUGAGACGCUCCGCCAGCUCUCCCAAAAAGACCUCUGCAAUGUGUCGCGAUUGAACAAACGAUACCACAGACUGGCCGAUGCCGUCUUGUAUAAGAGCGUUCACUUCCAGAGCCCGGAGCUUCAUCUUACUUUCAGUGAGUCACUAGGCCGUCGACCACGCCGCGGCUCGGCCAUCAAUGAGGUGAAAUUGGUUUACCCUAACGAGGAGCUGUCGCGCCUUGCUUUGGAUGGUCCCGUCCAUAACUCUCACUACGACCCCUCGCGUUCCGACACGCUCUCGCGCACACUCUCUGUCAUGUCAAAUCUGGAGAAACUCGACAUUGCUGUUCCGGACGUCCUAUUGCAUGGUAUAGGAACUUUGUUCAACGGACCCUUCGACUUGGCUUACCUCAAGGAGUGUACGCUCUUUUACCAAUGCCCCGAAGACGCGUAUUGGAACCUGCGGGAAAACAUCCACAUCUUUGCUCACCCGACAUUGGAGACUCUCAUAAUCAAAAGAGCCAGACUCGAUGAGAAAGGAUUCGACUUUAUGGAGCGCCCGCACGAGACAGCGUUGAAAAAAUUACAUUUCAUCGAGUGCGAUAUCAACGAUGAUGGGCUAUCGGAUCUUCUCGAAUUUCCCGAGGGGCUGGAGGAAUUUGUCAUGACGCAAACCCCGGAACCGAGGCCAGAGCUUGAGGACAGUUCUGACAACUUCGCCGACUACGUCCUCGCGCUCACAUCGCAAGCACAUUCUCUGAAGACGUUGACCAUCGACUCACCGACACUUGGCUGUCGUAAACCGUUGAGAAUGAGAGAGUUUGAGGCGCUCAAGACGAUGCGCAUGAAUUGGGACUACCAGCUUUUCGGGCAAACGACUAAGAAACCACGCAUGCAUUCAGUCGGACUGCCACCCGACAUAGAAACUUUGGAAUUCUUCAACGAGCUGGGUACGGACGAGGAGGUGACAGAACUCCUGCUAUACACAGUUCAGACCAAGGGCGUUGUCGCCAAGUCAUGGAAGACGUUGGUGGUGGUAGAGGGCGACAACGGGGUUUCCCCAGAGAUCAAAGAAGCAUGCAAAGAACAGGGCUUGAAACUGGAUAUCAUUGGUGCAUUUGACACAGACGGCGAUGUCGACUAGGAAAAAGCAUUAGACAAGGACGAUCUGACAUGACAGCGUAGACGGAUAGACGAUGGAUGAUCUAGAGUAAACCAACAAAGAACGCACAAGAGACGUAAGAUAGACGACGGAGAUGAAGAAGAAGAGUAUAAGAGCAGACGAAAACUCGACGACAACAGACGAAGAUUGCGGGCUAGACUAGAGACAGCUAUGUUUGAAAACUCUUGCUCCUGUUCAGGCUGAUCCCCGUUUUGCCACUCACGCAACAAUUGAUACAUACUAACCCAUAGAAACUGUCCUAUUAGGUUUUCGCAAUCAUCUCUGAAGGGGCCAUGACAUAUGCAGGGAUGGGGUGAGCCAAUUCGUGGGGAAAUUGUC